AUGUUCUGCAUAGCGUGGGCGUUUGGGGAUGACAUGUGUUUUCACUUGUUGGGCGGAUACAUUGGCGGAUGCCUUGGGCUAUCUUUUUUUUCAUCAUUUCAUGUACGGGAUGGGUUUGCUUGGAGAAAUACAAUGCUGUGCUGGACGAGGCAUUUGCAAGGCGUAGAAUGA